AGACACAUAAUACGUUCAUGAAUAAUUCUCAAAACGUAAAAGCAGCCUAAAGCCAAAAAGUCCCUUCGGCGGGAAAGAAGAAUAGGAAACAUAUAUAUAUAUUUCUCUACCAACAACUCAAAGGUAAAGCUAAACGUACACCUCACCCCUCAACCCACCCAUCCCCCUCUCCUUAUAUAUAUAUAUAUAUAUAUAUAUACACUCAUUUUACAUGAAAGCUCUGGACAAAUUAAUGACCAAGAAUAAACAGUGGAAGCAAGAGAAAGAAGAAAGUCUGGGCUGUUACAUACGUUGAAUAUAAUCCUCUAAAAGCUGCAUGCUUUUUUCCACAUCAAUUCUAGCUUAGCUUGGGUUGCUUUCAUAUCAACUUCAUCAGAUUCUCUCUUCUGGAUGGAGGGGAACUAAAUGAGAUGGUUUUGGUUUUAUUUUAGCCUCUUCAAUUGUGAUGUGUGGCAUGAGAAGCUCCUUGAACUCUGACUAGGAAAUGGAGGGCACUACGAGCAACAUUACUAGUGAUCGGUAUGCAAAGAUCAAACAAGGUUCUUGGUUCAAUCAAUUCCGGGAUGGCUCCAAUCCUUGGAUGGCCAGAUAUGUGUAUGGCUUGAUGUUUUUGGGCGCGAAUUUGCUGGCAUGGGCUGUUCGUGAUUAUGGCACAAGCGUUACAAAAGAAAUGAAGCGAGUAAAAGAUUGCAAUGGCGGUGAAGAUUGUUUGGGUACUGAGGGGGUUCUGAGAGUAAGCUUGGGUUGUUCUCUGUUCUAUUUUGUAAUGUUUCUGUCUACUGCGGGAACUUCAAAGUUGAGUGAUCGUAGAGAAAAGUGGCACUCGGGUUGGUGGCUAGCCAAGAUUGCCAUGCUGCUUGCACUAAUCCUACUGCCCUUUCUGCUCCCUGUAGAGAUUAUUUCGAUAUAUGGUGAGGUUGCACAUUUUGGAGCAGGGGUGUUUUUACUAAUUCAGUUGGUCAGUAUAAUCAGUUUCAUCACUUGGCUUAAUGACUGUUGUUACUCUGAGGAAAAUGCUGAUAAAUGCCACAUUCAGGUGAUGAUAUGUUCUACGGCUGCAUACAUUGUGUGCAUACUGGGGAUCAUUUUAAUGUAUAUUUGGUAUACACCCGAGCCAUCUUGCCUUCUCAACAUUUUCUUCAUAUCUUGGACUCUAGUACUUCUCCAGGUUAUGACCAGUGUCUCUCUCCACCCAAAAGUGAAUGCUGGUUUUUUGACUCCUGGUAUCAUGGGACUUUACCUUGUGUUUCUCUGCUGGUCUGCCAUCAGAAGUGAACCACCAGAAGAAAAAUGCAUCCGAAAGGCGAAGGCUGCUACUUCUAAAGGAGAUGUGCUCACUAUCAUAAGCUUUGUUGUGGCAGUCCUCGCGAUCGUGGUUGCAACUUUUUCAACAGGAAUUGAUUCAAAAUGCUUCCAGGUGCAGUUCUGGAAGGAUGACAAACAGGGUUCAGAAGGAGAAGAAGAACACAAGCAUGUGCCAUAUGGUUAUGGAUUCUUCCACUUUGUGUUUGCAACAGGAGCCAUGUACUUCGCAAUGCUGUUAAUUGGCUGGAAUGCUCACCACUCCAUGAAAAAGUUUACAAUUGAUGUUGGCUGGACAAGUACUUGGGUGAGGAUAGUGAAUGAGUGGUUAGCUGCUUGUGUUUAUAUAUGGAUGUUGAUUGCUCCACUUGUAUGGAAGGCGAGGCACGUGGGCGAAUCGAGGGUGUGACCAAUGUACACCAUUGUUGGCAGAUGACAUGGCAGUCAGUGUGUUGGGGCUUUCCAUGGUCAGUCUGAUGGAAGCAGAAGAGUAUCUGCAGAUUCAACAGUGAUCAAAAGCAUUGGGAAGCAAUUAAAUUGUACUGUGGCACUGAUCAUUCGUUUGAUAUUUUGGGUGAAACGAAAUGAAAUCCUAGUAAAAUUAUGCAUGCCCAGGUUGUUUGUCCACCCCAGAAACACAUCUCAGAUACCUGUAGAUACCCUACUGAAGCACCGGUACAGAUUAAUCUUAGCAUCCUUGUUUUCUUUCACAUGUAAAACAGUAGAAAAAAAAUGACAAAAUAUUUAUUGAGUUGGUGUUGAUGUCA